AGUUCAUUCCAAGCCACGCUCAACGGCACACAGACGCACUAAAAAAUGUCAGCUAUAAAGCUUCAGUAUGUUAGCAUGGAUCUAACUCAGAACCAUGCAAACCACAGAACAGAAGGGCUUAAAUCCACCUCACUGGUAGUGAGAAGAGGACAGCCGUUUCAGCUCACUCUGGUCUUCAAUAGACCCUACAGUCCAAGAAAAAAUGAAAUGAUGUUAAGAUUACAGCUAGGUAUGUGUUAUGACAUUCCUAUGACCUUUCAAAGCGAGCGUUUGCAGGACCAGUGGUGUGCCUACUAUGAGAAGAACACAGUGGAUCCUUACAAAGUCUGUGUGUGUGUGCUCAGUCCGGCCAAUGCUACUGUGGGAGUGUAUCGACUAAACCUGCUGCUCAUGUCAUCUUCGGAGCAAUAUAGCUGCACAGUCGGCAACGUCACCCUCCUUUGCAACCCAUGGUGCAGUGCUGACUCUGUCUUCUUGCCUGAUGAGAGUCAGAGGGAAGAGUAUGUGAGGAAAGACUUUGGUGUGCUAUACCAAGGAACGGCAGAAAACAUCAUCCCCAGGCCCUGGAGCUUUGAUCUGUAUGAGAGUGAAAUCCUGGACAUCUGUUUGAGGAUCCUGAAUGUGAGUCCAGAACACAUUACAAACAAAAAAACUGAUUAUGCUCAUCGUAAAGAUCCUAUCUACAUCAGCAGAGUGGUCUCGGCUAUGAUCAACGCUAACGAUGACCUUGGCGUGCUAGAUGGAAGGUGGUCCGCUGACUUCAGGGAUGGUGUCAACCCAUCGACGUGGACAGGAAGUGGAAACAUCCUAAAACAGUGGGCCGGGUCAGGCUGCAAACCCGUUAAGUAUGGCCAGUGCUGGGUUUUUGCAGCUGUUAUGUGUACAGUAAUGAGAGUCCUUGGCAUCCCGACUCGUGUAGUCACAAACUAUAACUCAGGUCACGACACCAAUGCAAACCUGGUGAUUGAGGAGCAUUACACUGAGAAAGGUGAAAAGCUUCCUAGUGAUAGCAUCUGGAAUUUUCAUGUGUGGGUGGAGUGCUGGAUGAAACGGGGGGAUCUGGGAUCAGGCUUCGAUGGCUGGCAGGUGCUCGACCCUACACCACAGGAGAAAAGUGAAGGAAAGUACAAAUGCGGUCCUGCCCCUGUAAAAGCCAUUCGGGAGCGUCGGAUCGACAAGCUCUAUGACGUACCUUUAGUCUAUGCUGAAAUGAAUGCCAGUGUGCAGGUGAACAUUUGGCGAGGGAAACAAGUGUUGAGCCACAUUGUUGAAAAAGACAGAUUAGGCACUCUCAUCUGUACCAAGAGUCCGGGCUCCAACGAACCAAUGAACAUCACCGCUUCCUACAAAAAAACAGGUAAAGAGAUGGGCUGUGUGUACUAAACUAUAAUACAGUAUGUGUCUUUGUGACAUUACCUUUCAAUACCUACUUUAACCAAGAGCUCUGAAUCAGGUCUUUCUGUGAGUCUAACCAUUCACAAAAGCAUCAUUGGAGAAAGCAUUCACUUCUUAGUCACCAUCACAAACAAGGACAGCUUGCCGAGAACAGUGCGGGAACAUGUUAACGCUCAGGCGAAGAGUUAUAACAGUAUACUGUUUACCUUCUGGGAGGCACACAACAUAGUUCAGAUUGCUCCUUAUAAAGAACUGAUCCUACAACACCAAAUACCGUACAGUCAGUACGCUGUGCUGGGAAAUGAGCAGCUAGUUAAUCUCUCAGCGGUCAUAACUGAUGUGGAAACCGAUGACAGUCUACUGGCUUUUAAAGAGUUCAACAUCAGUUCCCCCUCCAUCGAAAUUCAGAUUCCUUAUAGGAAAGCCAUCGUUACCCACAAACAGCAGGUUGCUUUUGUGAAGUUUACUAACCCAUUCCUGGCACCCGUAAGUGGAGUGUUGACAGUGGCUGGUUCAAGCCUGCUGAAGGACAAACUGCUCUUGAGUUGCCCCAUAGAGCAUCUGCAGCCCGGAAAGACUAUGAAUGUCCAGGUUUGCUUUACACCAAGGAUGGCAGGAGAGAAGAUGCUGCAUGCCACUCUUGAGCUAAAUAACAAUCCCAUUGCUAUCCGUGGCUUCACAACUUUCAUAGUGCAACAAGCUUAAUAUUAACUGUACUUAAUGUUAUUUAUUAUUUAUUUA